AUGGCUUUACUAUCCUCUUCAUCUCUAAUGUUCACUGUGCGAAGGUGCCAACCACAGCUGGUACCUCCAGCUGCACCCACUCCUCGUGAAUUUAAAAUACUAUCUGACAUAGAUGAUCAAAAAAGUCUCCGUUGCAAUAUUCUUCUCAUCUUUAUCUAUCAUCAUGAACCAUUAAUGACAAAGAAAGACCCUGUUAAGGUUCUUAGACAUGCACUCUCACAAGUACUUGUGCAUUACUAUCCAUUUGCGGGAAGGAUUAGGGAAGGAGUUGGACAAAAGUUAAUGGUGGAUUGUACUGGUGAGGGUGUCAUGUUCAUUGAAGCUGAAGCUAAUGUAACACUUGAUGACUUUGGUGACGGUUUGCAUCCCCCAUUCCCAUGCGUCGAUGAACUUCUAUACGAUGUUCCAGAUUCGGUACUAAAUAUUGAUCGUCCCAUUCGACUUAUACAGGUCAAGUUAUAUUAUUUCUCACAUCCUUUAAAUUUUACAGGCCUCACUUUUAACUUAAUCACCGUUUUUCUCAAUGGAGGAUUGAUAUCAUCAUAG